UGCCACCAUACUACGCCGAUACCAACCGAUACUAUAAAUGCGCAUUAAAAUGGCGGGACGCUGUUUUUGUUGUGGUUUGCUACGACUGUGAGAAUAAUCUGCGCAUGGUUGAAUUUAACGCAAACUUUGCCGCACAUACAUAACGAUGUUACGAAAACCAAUACGAACGUACGAGAAAAAAAGGGGCAACUUCCCUUCUCAUCCUGCAAGCAGUAUGAAUACAAUUUUUCGUGAGGAAAUACCACCAGUUCCCGCAAAUAAAAAAUUGACAGAUGAGUUGAACUCCAACACCGAUGCGAGUCUUGAUUAUGACCCGUUUGAAACAACUUUCGAUCGACUAGCCAAGGAUAUAAUAGAGCAUCCAGUCCCUCAAGAUAUUACACCAGAUGAUGAUUAUAAGGACAGCAGUGAUGAUGCGGUAUCGACAAAAUCUAGUUUAUCCAAUGUCAGUGACGAUCCUCUUCUUAAAGAACCGCUUUCAGAUCUUAUGGCACAAUCUCAAGGCAAAAGAAUGAAGAAACUUCGUAACAAUAAGCGACAACAACUUGGUCCAGCAAAAACUAACGUAUCAUCAGGAGGCGUGACCAAAACUGUAAGACCACGAGUGAGAGCAAAACAAAAAACCAAGUUCAAAGACGAAAAUAUGGAGCCCAAUAUAGAGUUGUUUGAAACUCAAAAUAAUGAGGAAACAAAAGAAGAUGUUCGUAAAAAAAGAUCAUUUACGAAAUCAAAUAUUGUCAAUGAUGCCACAACUUCCGUCCACGUUUCGAUAAAACCUCAUAAAAUACCGAAGCAUACGAAAUCCUUCAAAAGAUGCUUCGUUAAUCUUGAACGUUUGGAUUUGCCUUUUGACAAUUCAUCAAAUUCUCAUAGCCAAAAGAAUGAUCAGACGAAAAAAAUCUGCUCAGAUAAUAAUAUCUCUGGAGGCAGUCAAGAUGUCGAUAAUUCUGAAUCGUCAAAAAACUCCCAGAAACGAAACAUAAAAUUGUCAAAAGAACUUGCUGUAUUGCUCUCGAAAGAGUUGCAUGCUGACAACCAGGGAUCUGUAGAUUCCGUGAAUUUUAGUAUAGACACUGUAAAAGAAACACACACAAAGCAUUUGGAAAGCUCUGUUGAGUCGUUGCUGAGUGAGCCUUUGAAUUAUAACGAGCAAUCAGUGGAUCCAAGUGAUUUUGGAGAGCCUUCGAAUCUAUCUGAGCUUCAGGAAAGUAAAGAAGAGGAACGAGUAACGAAAGUUGCUAAAAAAAAAAAGUUAGUUGUAACGGAUGAAGCGUUGAUGAUCAACAAGAAACUGGUCAAUUCCAUCCAUUCUGGGACAACCUCGGAGACUUCUGAACCAAAAAAAAAAAAGCGGAAACGAAAAAUGAAAGUUGUUAAAAAACCUGCUGCGCAAUCACUAAAGGAGGAUUCUACGGAUAAGGAGAAUUCGGUUGAUUCGAUAAGUAUUCAGGGAACGUUGGACGAUUAUAAUUCCCUCGAAGUGGGAAAGAAUCAAGGAGAAAAUAAAAAAGAAAAUAAUUCAAUUGUAUUGUUGCAACCGACCUCGGAGAGUAUAGAUUCAGUCGACUUCGAUGUAUCUUCAGAAAACAUGGAAUCUCUUGGUGUCCGGAAGAGCAAAAGAACGAAACUUUUCAAAAAACCUGUUGUAUCCUUAUCGAGAUUGAGCGUUCCCAAAAAAGUGGUGAGUCAUUUUUCCAGUAGUACACCGAUCGUUCCUAGGAUGCCAGCGGGUAAAUCGUCGCUGCGUUUAUCACCGAUUAAAAGCAGCUUGAACGAGGAUUCAGAAGAGCCUUCUGACUGGGAGGCUCGAGGUUCAGCCCCAAAAUCUAAUGUUAAAAUGGCUGAUUCGCCUUUGACUAAAUCUGCAAGUCCUCUGGCCAUAACAUCGAACAAAGGUAGCAAUUCGGUAUUGGGCAACCGUCGUCCUAUAAUUUUGAGUGCGACACCUGAUCCUGACCCUUCGACAGUGAUGUUCAAUGAUACGGAAGUUUCAGAAGCUGUUGCAUUGAAAUCCGGCAGUUCCUCUAGAAUUGGUCUAGACAGCCCAUCGAUAUCAUUUGCAAUGAAACAUCUCGUUUCCGACAAAACCGAUGAAUCUUUCUGUUUUUCGAGCAAUGUUUCUUCUCGCACAUCAUCAGUUCGCAACGAGAAUAGCAUAAGAACCUCAACCAACGAUCCUUCCAUGGAUUGUAUUGACGAACAAGCAAAUACUUCGAAGGAACCAAGCCUUGGUGAUAAAUCUCAAGAUAGCGACGACGAUUGGACGACGAUUUCAGGAUCAUUGAAUACCUCAAGCGAUAAAAGCCUCUCUGGAACCCACAAAAAUUUUGAACAGUUAAGCUCCGGGGAAAAUAGUUCCUGUGCUGACAUGACAGAGUUCAUAGAGGCCAACGAAACUCCAAACGGCCAAACUGUAUCAUAUGAUAACGAAUCCUUCACCGAAGUUUCUCAACUUUCUGUAGCAGAAACGACAAAUACUUCGGAAAAAAUGAGUCACAAGGAUCAACAAAAAGAUCAUCGAGCUCUUCAAGCAGUCGUUCUGCUGCCUCGUUUGACGAGAAGCAAAAUCAGCAAAAUGCAGAACCCUCGUAACUCUCUCGAAGAAAAAGUAGCGGGAUCGAUGGAAUCUUCGGCUCGAGUUGAGAAGCCAGAAAAUUCAGUGGUUAGCGAUAGCAUCGCGGACUUGACAAUUGUCAGCGAAGCGCCGUCCGAAAAAUCGAAACCUGAACCACUGAAUGACUUGGAUGAAUCACCCUUUGAAAUGGAAAGUUUGACGAUCGACUACAGCAGCGAAAAUGAGACUGAAAAAUCAUUGGGACGCGAAACUCCUGGCGAAAAUUCAAACGUUUCCUCGAGGCUGUCGAUUUCGAAUCAAGAACUUUCCGUGCAGAGUCCGACGAAUGCUUCAUCAAAGGAGAGGAAUGAAGAUAAUUCUAAGGAAUUAUCAAGAGAGGAAGAAAAAACAGAAGCUCUGGAAUCGAAAGAUCGAAGUGGAGAUGAAGGCGUACAAAAAACGAGUGAAAAUAAUACGUCGCUCAACGACGAAGCAUCAAUGCAGCCGGUCGUUUUACUAUCUCGAUUGAAUGAUUCUUCCAGAAUUACAAGAAGACGAAAUAAAUAUUGCAAUUGGAACUUGAAUUUGAGCGCGAUAUCGGAGAUAAAGAUCGAAAAUAAUCCGACAGAGGAAUCUGUAAUUGAAGAAGUCGUGAGUGCGCCAAAAGUACACAACAUUCGAGAAAAACUUUCGCAAGCAACGACAGUCAGUGUGAGAAGCGAAAAUUCACAAACGCUCCAUGAAAUCUCACACCAAACUAAUGAAUCCUACAAUAUGUCGCUUGCACUGAAUCACCAGGAUGGAUCCUUAAAAGAAGACAAAGUCGUUUAUCUGAAACCUAGCAAAUCAUGGGCAAGAUCCUUGUCGAUUUUGAAUCACGUUCACAGUCAAGAUGAUCUGGAAUUUCUUGCUGUCGGGAAAGGCAAAAAAUGGAGACAGAGCGUUCAAAAUAUUUUGGAAAUGCAACAACAAGGACUUAUUCAAAGUUGCAUCAAGAAAAAUGAGGACAGCAAGGAAUUACCCUUGUUUACCGGAUUACGGAAUAGCACAGCAUGGAUCCCAGGGUCCAGUCAACCCGACACAAGCCGCUUAUUCGGUAUCUCGAGCCCUGGACGGUUUAUCCGUCGCGUUUCGAUCCGCGUCGUGCCCGACUGUAAGAGUUUUGACCACAUUAAAGACACUUCGUUCCUCGAAGCAUACGGCAUCAACCCGGUUGAAAAUAAACAAACGACAACGCAGAGGAGUUCGUUGAUAGAUAAACGAAUAAAUCUUGAUGUCAUUCCAAAAACUCUCUGCAGCACAAAACCUCGAGACGUUGUUCUUGCCCAGUGUGGACAAAAAUCAAGUCUGCCUUUUGAAGAAUGUUAUCCACAGUCGUUCCUUGAAAACUGCCGAAAAAUUGGUGAAGGGGUUUACGGCGAGGUGUUCCUGUACAGCAAAGAUGGAGAAAAGAACGUCAUAAAAAUUAUUCCUAUCGAGGGUGACAUGAUAAUAAACAGUGAACGACAAAAAAAGUUUGAUGAAAUUCUUUCGGAAAUUGUUAUCGCCAAAGAACUUCACAAUCUGAGGUUUGCUAACAAAUCCAAUACAAACUGUUUCGUUGAAGUAAAGAAAAUAAGAUGCGUUAAGGGAAAAUAUCCGAAGACCCUUAUCGACUUGUGGAAAACUUUCGACGAAGAGAUCAAUUCUGAAAAUGAUUGUCCAUCAAUUUUCGAAGAAAAUCAACUGUACAUAGUUCUGGAGUUGGGCCACGGUGGUGAAGAUCUCGAAGCUUACGUCUUUCAAAAUUCAACAGAGGCGUGUGCUCUUUUUAUUCAGACCGCUUUGGCACUCGCUGUUGCUGAGGAGACUCUAGAGUUCGAGCAUCGUGAUCUUCACUGGGGAAAUUUGCUAAUAUCACGAACCGACGAACCCCAAAUUGAUUUCAAACUUGACAAUAAACCGUUUAGUGUAUCAAGCAAAGGUGUUAAAGUUUCGGUGAUUGAUUUCACUUUAUCACGAAUGUCUUAUCAAGGAUGCAGCAUUUUCAACGACCUCUCUAUGGACGAAGAUUUGUUCGUGGCUCAGGGCGAAUAUCAGUUCGAAAUUUACAGGCUUAUGAGAUACAAAUUGGAAAAUAAUUGGCAACGAUUUGAGCCUUACACGAACAUUCUUUGGCUUCAUUACAUACUCGACAAGAUGAUAACAGCCGUAAGAUACCGAAGGAAGAAUACCAAAGUGCACAAAAAUGGAAUUUUGGAGCUUCAACUAUUGAAAGACAAGAUUCUCGACUUUGACAGUGCUGUAGAUUUCGUAACAAACUGUGAUAAAGUAAAACGACUGCAGGCAAGUCGCACAAGCCUUUCGACAGUUCGAUCUGCAACUUGAGACCUUCCCUUGACAGCAUUUAAUGUUUUGAAAUAUGACCACUUAUACUAGAAAAUUCAUAUCCAAACUUCAUAAAAAUAUAACUGAUCUAUUGAAACGUCUCCGAGUGUCAAGUCUGAUGCAGUAUUGCUUUAUAGUAAUGCGUAAUCACGACCUUGUUUUAUUGAAGAGUUUAACUAAAGAUAAUAAAUUUAUAUCACGUUUCUAAAAAAAA